UUAAAAAAAAAAUAAAAAAAUACACGAUACUAUAAUAUUAUAGUUAUUACUUAUUGUAUAUAUUAUGUAUCGAAUAAAUUCACAUUUCACAAUAAUUUGACAUAAUAAUAUUAUUUAUGACAGAGAAACAAUCAUAAUAUUAAAUAUACUGAUAAACCCCGAUUUAGGAAAUCCAAAAAGUAAAUAUAAAGUAAUCUUUGCUAUUCUUGGAUACACUAUGAAGGAUAUAUUUUAUUAAAUUUCGGUAAUGCAGCGAGCGGUCUUACGGUUGAACGAACAAAUAACAACAAAUUCAAUCUCACGCGAGUAAUUUUACGCCAGGUGCUAUAAAAGUAUAAUAUUAUACUGUACAGAAAUGUAGAAAACAAAAGUGACGAGAUAAGACAGUUUAGAAACAUAUUAAAAUAUUUUGAUUGGCAACAAGUUGGUUUAAAAUAUAAAAAUAAUAAACAUAUCUGUCACAGUGGUUAUUGACACAUUUUUUCAAUGCAGACGCUGUAUAACAAUGAAACUCUCGAAUAUUGUUUAUUAUAUUAAAGUAUAAGCAUGUAUAAACCCUCUAAACUUAAAUAAUAUAAAAUAAUACGUACACGUGGAAUCUCUAUAUGUAAAUGACGAUCAUAAACUUGACUCGAGUUUGUGUGAUAUAUGGUAUUGUUUUGUGGUAUGGAAUCAUCUGUUCGGCGUUACUACUUGAGUAUGAAUAGGUAACAAAGAAAAUUAAACGGCGGUCUCGUGAAGCAAAAACAAUCCGGAAAACGUGUUCCGGUUUACGUCGGAAUUGCAAAGACGCGACGAUAACGACAAUGACGAUAAAAAUAUGCUGUAAAAAAUAUUAUAGUACAUUUGGGUCUUGAAAACCUUACUCGGAUGAACGCGAACGAUCAAUCGAAUUGGCCAACGAACCGUUUCGGGCGCAUCGAACGGCAUUGGGACCGUACGGCAACAGAAACAAAUACACACUGCAGAUACACUAAGCCGACCUUGGGUGCGUUUUCACCGGGCCUGUGUCGAGGGCACUUCCGGUCUCGGUGUCAGAUAAAUAUCCGUCAAUCUGGAGGAUUUCAAUCAAGUCACUCGAGUCACCGCAAUGAUGUUCCAGCGGAUUGCAGCUCUUCUGAUCGUCGGAUCCGGCGCGUCAACCGCGUUCGUCCACUCCACCAACCAGCAGUCCAACCAUCAGUCCAACUAUAAAUCGGAAUCUAGUUACAGCAGCAGUUCGUCACGUAACGGUGGUCAUUCAUAUAGUUACAUCAGCCAGUCAGCUCACGGCCCAGGUUAUAGUUACAGUUACAGUCACUCCGAUGGCGGAUCACCAUUAUUCUUACCUGAAUACGCUUCUGGAUAUCAUUCAUACACUCCUCUAUUCAUUCCAUCAAUCGAUUUCGAUCUAGACUUUGAUUUGGAUGAUGAUCUAGAUACUGAUAUAGAUUUCUAUAUUGAUACAGACUUGGAUUUAGACAUAGAUUUGGAUUUUCCGGGCAUUGAAUACGGACUCGGUUACAUUGGAAAAUACGGACACUGGUAUAGAAAACCAAAAUACGGAAUUUCCAAGUUGUACCACAGUAUCGAUCUAGAUUUUUUGAAUUAUGGAGGAAAUUACGGAUACGAUAAUUUAGGACCUUCACAUUUUGGAUCACUUAAUAUUUUCAAAUAAAUAUAUUUGUCAAAGUAGUAAA